CUCAACAAGUCAACAUGUCAAGUGGUGAGAUAUUUCUUGAGCUUUCAUUAAUUGGAAAUUUCUUGGAAACUCAUCUCUCUCUCUUUCUACAGACAUAGUUUGUUUCAUUGAGGUGCUGGAACUGCAUACAUUCUCUCACAACAAAUCAACAUACCAAUGGCAUCUUCAUCAUCAUCUCCGGCCUUUUCUUCUCAAUCAUGGAAUCAUGAUGUUUUCCUAAGUUUUAGAGGAGAAGAUACUCGCAAGACGUUUGUGGAUCAUCUCUACACAGCUCUUGUACAAAAAGGGAUAUACACUUACAAAGAUGAUGAGACACUUCCUCGGGGCGAAUUGAUCAAUCCAUCUCUUAUGAAGGCUAUAGAAGAGUCACAGAUUGGCGUCAUCGUAUUCUCUGAAAACUAUGCCGAUUCUUCAUGGUGCUUAGAUGAACUUGCACAUAUCAUGAAAUGCAAAGAUACGAGAGGCCAAAUAGUUAUACCCAUAUUUUAUGGCGUUGAUCCAUCUGAAGUUCGAAAACAGAAACAAAAAUAUGGAGAAGCAUUUGUUAAGCAUGAGUUGGAGAACAAAACAAAGGUUGAAUCAUGGAGAAAAGCACUUGUGGAUGCAAGUAACAUUUCUGGAUGGGAACCAAAGCACAUUGCCAACGGGCAUGAAUCAAAGGUUAUCAUAGAAAUUGUUGAAAAAAUUUCACAGAGGUUGCAGCUAGUAAGUCCAAGCGCAAAUGCCAACCUUAUUGGAAUAGCAUCUCGUGUGCAAAGUUUGAAAUUGAAGUUACAAAUUGGUUCAGGUGGUGUGCGGAUGAUUGGAAUAUGGGGUGUUGGAGGUGGUGGUAAGACUACUCUUGCAUCUUCUGUUUAUGAGGAAAUAUCUAGAAAGUUUGAUGGUUGUUGCUUUCUAGAAAAUAUCUGGGAGGAAUCAAGUAAGAAAGGGUUAGAAGAAUUGCAACAAAAAAUUCUUUAUGGUGUUUUGAGAGAGAAGAUAGUGCAGGUAGAGAGAGUUGAGGAAGGAAAACACAUGAUAAAACAUAGGUUAUGCCGUAGAAAGGUGCUGAUUGUUCUUGAUGAUGUUGAUCAGCUUGACCAAUUAAAAGCUUUAGCUGGAUCACAUGAUUGGUUUGGUGAAGGAAGCCGAAUAAUAAUCACAACAAGAGAUGUACAUGUAAUAUCAACUACUGCGCCCAGAGUAGAUGAGAUACACAAUAUUAGCUUGUUAAACGAUGAUGAGGCUAUGGAGCUCUUUUGCAAGCAUGCACCAUGUGGUCACAAACAUAAAAAAGAUUAUGAGCUGCUUUCAAAAAGUGUGGUUUCUUAUGCUGGUGGACUCCCAUUAGCACUUACAGUUCUUGGUUGUUUUCUAUGUGGAAAAGACAUUAAUGAGUGGAGGAGUGCAAUAGCCAGAUUGAAAGACAUCCCAGAUACAAAUAUUGUGGAAAAGCUAAAAAUCAGCUUUGAUGGACUUACACCGGUUGAGAAAGAGUUGUUUCUUGAUAUUGCAUGCUUCUUCAGAGGUCAGUAUAAAAAUGAAGGGAUAAUGGCAAUGCUUGAUGCUUGUGGUUUUUACCCUGUUAUAGGCAUAAAGGUGUUGUUAGAAAAGGCGCUCAUAACAAUUUCAGAUGGAAGGUUUGAUAUGCAUGAUCUGUUGCAAGAAAUGGGACGCUACAUUGUUAGAGGGGAACACCCUGAGAAUCCAGAAAAACAUAGUAGAGUUUGGAAGAAGGAAGAUGUUCUAAAAAUUUGUGCUAUGGAUGCGACGAAGGAACUUGACAUGGUUAAAGCAGUAAGAUUUGAAUGCAAUAGCUAUGAUCUAGUAGAACUUCCUUCGGUUGCAAACCUGAAAAACCUUCGGUGGAUUGAUUGGAGAGGUGAUCUUGCAAGUCCAUUUCCUACUAACUUUCCACCAAAGAACCUUUGUUGUCUGAUAUUGGAUGACAUCUCGCAGAAACGACUUUGGAGGGGUUAUAAGUGGAUGAAGAAUUAUCGACCUUACUUGCCUAAUUCAGAGAUGAAAUUAUAA